UUUGUCGCUCUCCAGCCAGUCAGUCGUCAGUUAUUCCGUCCCUUUGUUCUUCAAGAACCGACUCCUCCCUCGACCGACUAUCUGCACGCUUCGAUCUGGGAUCGCGCAACUUGUUGACGGACCCUCACCUCGGUCUUCUUUCGUUGUUGAUCUCUUCGCUCUUUUUUAUUUUAUUUUUUAUUAUUUUAUUUUCACUUUCCGCCGCACGUCCAUUCGCUGGUCUCGUCCAUUGUCCAUACUACCUGUUGCGCCGCCCUUCAAUCGUUAUCACAGUGGCACCAACGAUCGCUAGAUUACCCUUCCUCCCUCGUUGUGACGCAAGGGAGAGCUCGAGCCCAUAACAGCUACCGACCUACCUAGCUUGUACGGCACGAACAACGAGAAGCCAAAAAAGACACCGGCGCCGCGCCAACCAACAAAAAAACCAUAAUACACAAAGAAAAGACGAAGCUUCAUCCCAAAGUAAACAUUCCAACAAUCCUCGCACACGUAUAUGAUUAGGUUAUGAGACAGCCUUCUUGUCGGCGACUGUAACCACACCACCACCUCCACGACCACCACUUACAAACGCCGCCGACAAGAUGCCUACCAAAGUACAAGAGUCGUUUGUCAUCCCCGGCGGCGCCCUCUACUCGGACUCAGCCGCCGACGGCCCCGAAAUCGGUACCCUCGUUCUCGUCGUGGAUCGCGCAAAGAACCUGCCCAACCUCAAGACCAUUGGCAAGCAGGACCCCUACUGUGCUGCACGUCUGGGAAAGGAAGCAAAGAAGACCACUACCGACAUCCGCGGCGGCCAGACCCCCAGAUGGGACCAGGAGCUCCGAUUCACUGUCCACGACUCCCCCGAUUACUACCAGCUCAAGCUGUCUCUACUCACCGACGACAAGAAAAGCGAGUUGAUUGGCGAAACAUGGGUCGAUCUCGGAGGCGUCAUCGUGCCCGGCGGCGGUCAGAGCGACGACUGGCACCAGCUACAGUCUAGAGGCAAGUACGCUGGCGAGGUCCGCGUAGAGAUCACCUUUUACGAUAACCGACCGAGACCUGAAAAGUCCGCCGUAAAGCAACGACAGCAACAUCCCGUCGAGCAACACAUUCCUUCAGCCAUGGUACCCGGUCCCGGGCCGAGAGGCGUGCCCAAACGCCGUCCACUGCCAGCACCAUCUGUCCAAGGCGGAGAUGGCCCUUAUAUUCCAAGCCAAUCAGCCCUUCAGCAACUCGAGUACAACAACCCUCAUGCUGCGCGCUACCAACAACAGCCGCAGCAGCACCCAUAUCGCACCCCUCCACAAUAUCAACAACCUAGUCAGUACGACCUCCCUUCGUUAGACGACGGCCCAAGAAGCUUCGAAGGCGACCGCCCUCCACCUCCCCCGGCUCACCGAAUUCGAAACGGCAACAAUGCCCCAGCCACAAACGGUUACCAAAACGGCUAUGAUGCGUCUGGAAAUGUAAUGCCACCCAACAUGCGGCAAGACGUCCUCAGAAACGAGGCCCAUCGCCAAACAGGCUCGAUAGCUUACCCGGGACGCCCGCAGUACAGGGGUUAUGACUCGGCCCCUGCGGCUCCUCUACGGAACUCCUCCGCAUUGGACAUGAACCACGACCCCUACGAUCUUCCCGAUGUUCUGGUUCCCGGAUCGGCUAAUGGCCCAAUGCGAGGCCGGACGGGACACGCACAAGCCAACGGAGACCAAUACCGACGACCGGAUCCUGGCGGCCAUGGGAUGGCGUAUGCUAGACACUCUGAGAGUUCCUUGUCACACUAUCCUUCGCAAAAUGACCAGAGAGGCCAGUCGUAUCAGGCUGGGUUUGAAGACCAUACCGACAGCUAUCAACCGCCUCCGGUGCCUGUUUCUUUGGUCCCCGGCAUCGAUCCCAGUAUCGCCCAGGAGAUCACAGAGCGCGUGUACCAAGACAAGAACCCAAAACGAUACACUCACCCCAUAGACACGCAAGUUGGAAACAAUUACCAGCAAUAUCCUCGUGACCACUCCCCAGUUCCCCCACAUCAACCACCUGUUCCACAACAUCCUCAGAGCAGAAGCCCUGGCGGCUACCAGGACAUACCCACACCAAUUACUCCUAACCACAAUGUCGCCAUGAACCAGCGCUCUUACUCUCCCAACCCACCAGUGCGCCGAGACCCAAGCCCACUGCCAAGUCGUAGCCCCAACCCACAUCAACAAACCAUCAAGCGCAAAUCCGUCAGUCCUGCCCCGCCUCCUGUCGAAGAGCGCCGCCUUUCUGGCAUCCCAUUUGGUCCCGAUUCUUACAACGCCCUCAACCCCGCCGUUUCUGACAACAUCGGCCGCGCCGAUUACAACGAAGCGAGCGGCAAGAUCAUAACCCACGACGGCAAGGAAGUUGACCCCUCUGACCAUCUUCCCAUGGAAACAUGGGCUCCCGAGCCUGAACCCAAGAAGAGCACUACUCCGCCAAACUCCUCUCAUGGCUCGCGGCCCCCUCUGUCCGGCGCUCAUGCCAUGCCCGGUCAUCAGGUGACUCCACGCUCUCGUCCGGGUACCAGUGCUGGCGGUGAGAGACCACGGUCUAUGCACGAGCAGCAUCAACGCAUUACACCGCCCGCGUCUCCCUCGGUAGCUGGUACGGUGAGCAGUAGGAAUAGGUUGCAGAAACGUAACCAUAGAAACACCAUCACCGCAGCUGGACCGAUGGGCAUGGGUCAGCCGGGUUUUAACAGAAGCAGCGAUAACGUCAGCUACCCCCCUUCUUCUUCUUCUUCACAGCAGGAUAACUUUACGCCAAGGUCCCUUUCGCGAGCGUCGACCUUUGACUAUUAUGGGGCCCAGCAUGGCAACGCCCCAGGAGGUCCCGUAUAUGGCGGCCACAGCCCCGGUGCUGCUCCCCGAGGCGUCCCACCGGUGCCAGCCAAGGUACCGCUUUCACUACCCUCGACUAUAGGACCAGCUGGCGGUGGACUGACCAUGAGUGGCGCGUUGCAGUUGCAUAGUAGUAGUCUUACCAGAAGGGGGGCUGCGCCGAUGGGAGUGGAUGAGUGGGGAGGGAUGACUGGUGGAGGGGUAGGAGGUGGGUAUGGAGGUAUGGGAGGUGGAAGCUUGGAAGAGGAGUUGUCCAAGAUUGAUAUUGGCACGGGAAGAUCGAGGAGGUUUACAGUCAAGGGGCCGUCGGGAGGACGGUUUAGGGGGUUUUAAUUAGGGCUACCCCUGUUGCCGGCUGUAGGCUGUAGGUGGGGAAUAAGCAACAUCGUCUCUGGUAGACGAGGCAGCAUCAUGAUUGUCGAGACAAAAGAAAGAAAAAGGGGAAGAUGUUACCCGAGUGCAACAGCAUGAGCGGCAUGAAAAGCAUCAGCAUGAAACGAGCAGGGUUCUCGUUUGUUCGAAUGUCAAGGAGGAAGCAUUGAUUGCAUCUGUUUGUAAACAAUAAGAGGGAGAGAAGCACGGAUACAGGGAUGGAUAUGGACAUGGAAAUAAUAAGGAAAUGGAAGGAAAUGGAACGGGAUCUGGCUAGACUCGGGAGUAGGCGUUGGUUGGAUGGGACGGGAUGGGAUGGGAUGGGAACUUUGUACUUGGACAGUGACAUGAAUCGAAUAACAUGAAGCAACCGAUAUAUCUCC